UAACCAAUUCCUUGAGUUUAUAAACAAGCCUUUGGAUUCCUGGCUGAGCAAACGUGUAAUGGUCUUGCAUUCCAUCGAGCAACUUGGACAAGCACCAAUAACAAUCUGCUUCUAUAUCCAAAAUUUUGUUUGGAGGAAGAUCAAAGAUAGACCAGCUAUCUAUGUCGCCUUCCAAGUGCUCAGACAAGAAAACGACCAAAAAUGGCGUCACAAGAUCAUUUAUCCCUUGCACAUAACCACUUGCCGGAGAAGACGCUCCAAGGAUUUUUGAACUUCCGGUUGUUGGAAGAAUGUGACAUCUGGUACGGUUCUUGGGCAAUCGACAGAUAUCUACACAAGUACAAAGCGCUCUUCACCAUUGUCGUCUCCGGAACGGAGAGGGUGCUGCAGCAAGUCGUCGAGCAGCUUCAGAAGCUCGUCAAUGUCUUGAAGGUUGAAGAUCUCUCCAGUGAGGCUCAGGUAGAGCGCGAAUUGAUGCUUAUAAAAGUGAAUGCUGAAACUGAGCACCGUGCUGAGAUCAAGUGGUUGAUCGACAUCUUUAGGGCGAAAAUUGUUGAUAUCUCAGAGCAUUCAGUCACAAUUGAGGUCACUGGAGACCCUGGGAAAAUGGUUGCUGUGCAGAGAAACCUAAGCAAGUUUGGUAUCAAAGAAAUUGCUAGAACUGGCAAGAUUGCAUUGAGAAGAGAAAAAAUGGGUGCCACUGCUCCCUUUUGGCGAUUCUCUGCCUCUUCAUAUCCUGAUCUUGGAGAGAAUGGGGCUGAAAAUGGACUAUCAGCGGUUAAAAGUAGAGCAGUCAUCACUGAAGCUGAUACGAGUGCAGGGGGAGAUGUUUAUCCUGUGGAGCAGUCUGAUGGGUUUCCUUUUCAUCAAGUUCUUGAUGCACACUGGGGUGUUCUAAAUGAGGAAGAUAAAAGUGGUCUUCGAUCACAUACUUUGUCCAUGCUUGUAAAUGAUGUCCCUGGAGUUCUCAACCUUGUUACUGGGGUUUUUUCUCGACGGGGUUAUAAGAUUCAGAGUUUAGCCGUUGGGCAUUCUGAGAAGGAGGGCCUCUCGCGUAUUACAACUGUCGUUGUCGUACCUGCUACAGAUGAAUCAGUUAGUAAAUUGGUGAAGCAACUGUAUAAGCUAGUUGACCUUCAUGAGGUUCGUGAUCUUACCUCCUCCCCAUUCGCUGAACGUGAACUAAUGUUGAUCAAGAUCGCGGUGAAUGCUGCUGCUCGCCGCGACGUCCUUGAUAUUGCCACCAUUUUCAGGGCAAAAGCAGUUGAUGUCUCUGACCAUACCAUAACCCUCGAGCUUACGGGAGAUCUGGACAAGAUGGUUGCUCUGCAGAGAUUGUUGGAACCCUUUGGCAUCUGCGAGGUUGCACGAACUGGACGAAUAGCUCUGGUUCGCGAAUCAGGCGUGGAUUCCAAAUAUCUCCGCGGAUACUCUUAUCCUAUAUAGUUAAUUCACAGGCACCCGUUCUUCGCAGCAACGACGAAGAAAGCUGUCUAACAGCAUGCUUCAGUGAGGUAAGAAUGAGGCCCCUGCUGGGAGACAGUUCGGUUACCGAAUGUUUUGCCAUUGCUCUGCUGUAUGCCGUAGUUUGGGACCAGCUACAUACUGGGUAGAACUUCCAUGUACUAUAAAACGAAAUUUUGUUC